UUCUUCUGCCGGGCCCGGGAGCCUUCGCAACUGCCGUGGAGGCGACGCGGAGGAGGAGGAAGAGGAGGAGGAGGAAGACGACGAGGACGGCGGCGGCGAGCUGGAGUCUCCCCCGCGGGACCCCUUCCACGAGGACUCCGGGGAGUGCUCCUCCUACGCCGAGCACGCCAUCAAAGUGGAGUGUCCCCCCUUCGCCAUCCCUUUGCCGCCGGCGGAAGGUUUUAAACAAAUUAAUGCUCACACCAAUGCACCACCCUUAUUAUCUCAGGCUAAAAGAUCAAAAAAGCGCCAUGCAAAUUUAACACUGGACAAAAUGAUGGAGAAGUUUCUGCAACAAAGCAUGGAUACUGAAGAAAGGUUUUACAAAUAUGAAGAGCAGCGGCUUAAAAUUGAAGACAAGCGACGUGAAGCAGAGCAUGCUAGGGAGCUCCAGAUGUUGCAGAUGUUAGGACAGAUGCUAGCAGGAAUUUCUUCCACAGUGUCACAAAGGUCGCAAAGUAUACCAAGUAAUCCUUCACAGAGAUCAAAUCACCGAGCCUAUGGAGAGAAUUUUAACUAUAACUCUAUGACUACACCACUGUCGCCUCCCAUAGUUAUAGAGAGAUCUUUUUCAGUGCACAAAACACAUUCUAUAAAGGAAAUGGAGAAUAUAUUUCAGUUGGUGCGGAAUGUUAUUCCCCCUCUAACUGCCAAAAAACAUAAAGGCCAAGAUGGAAGAAUAGGAAUUGUUGGAGGAUGCCAAGAGUAUACAGGGGCACCGUAUUUUGCUGCAAUUACAGCUCUUAAAGAGGGUGCAGACCUAUCCCAUGUAUUUUGUACCAAAGAUGCAGCAUCUGUGAUCAAGUCUUAUAGUCCAGAGCUGAUUGUUCAUCCAGUUUUGGACAGGUCUGAUGCUGUUCAUGAAGUGGAAAAGUGGCUACCACGUUUACACUCUGUUGUUGUAGGACCUGGAUUAGGAAGAGAUGAUGUAUUACUUGAGAAUGCCAAGGGUAUUAUAGAAAAAUCCAAGGUCAAAGGAAUUCCUAUAGUAAUUGAUGCUGAUGGUUUAUGGCUUAUUGCCCAACAGCCGUCUGUUAUUCAGGGUUAUCCUCGAGCUAUUCUUACCCCAAAUGCUAUGGAAUUUAGCAGACUUUAUGAAGCUGUGCUUAGAGACCCAGUAGAUAGCAGCGAUCAUCAUGGAUGUCUGCUAAGGCUCAGCCAAGCCUUGGGAAAUUUGACAAUUGUUCAGAAAGGAGAACGUGAUCUUAUUUCAGAUGGAGAAAAAGUGUUUGUCUGUAGCCAUGAAGGAAGCAGCAGAAGGUGUGGCGGACAAGGGGAUCUCCUCUCUGGUUCUCUUGGAGUCCUAGCACACUGGGCCUUCCUUGCUGGACCAGAAAAAACAAACGGUCAAAACCCCUUUCUUGUGGCUGCAUUUGGAGCAUGCUCGCUUACAAGGCAGUGCAACAAUCAAGCUUUUCAGAAGUUUGGACGGUCUAUGACAGCCUCUGACAUGGUUUUAGAAAUUGGUGCAGCCUUUAAUAAACUCUUUGAAACCUAAGACCAAAGCAGCAGAGGAGGAAAAACAUAACUGACAGCAACAGGAAUCACAGUAGGAUGUCCAUUCAUGAUACACUCAUUUUCAAGUGCUGUUAGCAGUAUUGGUAUAGUAAGUAGUUUUUAUUUUUUAAAGAAAAUAGGGGGAAAAUAGGUAUUUUUUAAAGAGUUUGGAAUACAUUUUUGGCUGAAUACUGUAGUUGCAGAUGUUAUAAUAUAAUAAAACUAAACUGAAAGUGUU